AUGUCUGUGACUGAGGACAAAUCAGACAUUUCCACGAAGGCUCAGUCUCAAGCCUUGGCUUUGGAGCUCACAUGCCCCAUAUGCUUGCAGCUGUUCUCCGAGCCUGCGUCUCUUCCCUGCGGUCACAUCUACUGCUUCGGCUGCCUUCAGACCAUGGGAGAGGGCCUUGACCAGCACAGCUGCCCAGAGUGUCAGGCUGAGUACCACGGAGCCAUGGGCCUUCUCCAAGACAGAUCAGCAGCAGGAGAGAGCCGAGAGGAUGGAGCAGAGUGCAAGGAGAAGGAAGACUUUAAUACUUCACCCGGACCUGCAGAGCCCCUGGUUAGUGUGGCUCACACAAAAGGCAGCAAAGAGAAACUAGACAUGACUGAACCCAAGAUAAAGCUAGCAUCACUAAUCAAUGACUUGAACUCCAAGUUGGGGUGGGCAGAAAGAGUCCUGAUGAAAGAAAAGGAACUGGAACGUGGCGUGACCGCUGCCAAUUCUCAUCUGAGAGAGACGGUGUCCAGGCUUCUGGGGCAGAUACAGGACCUGACCCAGAGCUACGCAGAGCAGGUGUCAAAGAUGACUGAAGAGGAGUUAGGUCCAGGUGAAGCUGGGAUCCACCGGCGAGUCAGCCAGGCCUCUGAGCAGGUGGAACAGCUCCAACAGGCUGUGCUCAGGUCCGAAUCUCUGCUCGCUGAAGAAGAUGAGACGGCCUUUACAGCUGAGCUUCAGAGGCUAAAACCAAACAUUGUGGAUUUACUGGCAGAACCUCCGAAAGAAGACGAGGACUUGGUCGUAGCAAACGUCGACUCUACGCGAGCUUGUUCCAAGCUGGAGAACAUGAACAGCGAGCUGAGGGAACAACUGGGAGAGAUGCAGCGCUCGCUUCGAAACACCCUCAACCCAUCAGAGGUGACCUUUGACCCAGAAACAGUCCACCCUAACCUCGUCCUCUCAGAGGACUUGAAGACGGUGACGUUCAGCGCUGUAAAGCAGUCCUACCCAUCAUCCCCGCUGAGGUUCACCAGCUUCUUCCAGGUCCUCAGCUCGCAGAUCUUCUCAGAGGGUGAACACCGCUGGGAGGUGGAGCUCGAAGGCUCUCCGUGGAUCAUCGGCGUCUGCUACAGCGGGAAGCUGGCACGCAGCGGGCUGCCGUCUGCCCUGGAAAGCAGCCAGAGCUCCUGGUGUCUGAUGUGGUUCAAUAACCUGCUGAGUGCUUUUGAGCAGGGCCACAGCACGCCGCUGAAGAGGACCACGGUGUCACGCAGGCUUGAGAUCAAGCUCAGCUUCAAGACACACAAUCUGAGCUUCUAUAACAUCAGCCCCACCAGUGGGAAAACUCACAUCUAUACGUUCAAUAAUAAGCUGGAGGAACCAGUGCACGUUGCUUACAGGAUGAUGUCCGGGCACCCCAACGCUCGGGUCACAGUUUAUUCAUAAUCCAGCCAUAGAGUAAAACU